AUGCGAAAAAAUUUUUACGGAUUACACACAACACACUCAAGGCUAAGCCCUCUAGGAAGGAUUGCGCGCGAUUUAAUGAAAAAAGUUUUGAAAGCAAAAGGAAAGCACGAAAAGGAUGUUGUUCCAUGGCAAAAAACAGUUGAAAGACUUCGUGAUAGUGCUAAACGAAGGAAGGAAAUUAAAAAGAAUUUUGAGGAGGGGGAUAGUCCUGAACUUGGACAUUUGACUUAUAGAGGCUUGAAACGGCAAGGAGCAUUUGGGGAGGUGGAGGAUGAUCUCAACGAAAUCGCCGAGGACCCACAAAAAAUUUUCAAAUUUCUCGAAAAAUUGCGUUCAGAAAAAUAUACAAAGAAAAAGAAAGAACCUUUUGGCCGUCUUGUUCAAAUGUUACGCGAAGGGAUUAAAUUGGGCUAUGCAUUAGCUGGGCAUAAUGCUUCAGACAUUGAUAAUAAAACAAUGAGAAUGGUCUCUCCCAGAUUUUUUAGUGUUACAGCUGAGGAUGACCCUGAACAUAAUGAUACUGUGGAUUUUAUUUCCCCCUCACUCUUCUCAAUACAUUCUGAAGGCAAAGGGAUCGAGGCAAGCUAUUUGAUUAUGAUCUAUGGUUGGGGUCGGGUUCGUUCGAAAGAAUGA